AUGGCUCCCCUUACGACGAGUGCACGUCAGAACCUCACAGCUACUAUUGUUAUGCUCUGUUUCGCUAUAAUAAUGGUCCUUACGAGAUUCUCGAUCAAGCUCGUCUAUCGGCAGGGCUUUUACGGUCCUGACUGGUUUUGUCUUAUGUCAACCGCUUUCUUUACCGUUUAUUGUGCUCUAAUCAUAAACUUUAUUUUCAACGUUUCGGAGGCCCACGCUUUUGACCUUGACAUAAGACUUGGGAUAACUGAAAUGAUGAACAUACUGAAGCUUUCUUACUCAACUGAGAUACUAUUCACGUUUGGUAUCACCUCGGUAAAACUCAGUAUCCUCUGGUUUUACUAUAAUUUGUUUUCCGUCAACCCUCGGCUUCGCAUGGUAAUCAAAGCGGUAGCGGUGACUUGCCUUAUUUGGUUCCUUGUCGCUAUAUUUGUUAUCGUUUUCCAAUGCAAUCCAAUACGAGCAUAUUGGGAACAUUUCGCCUUACAGCCUUGGUGUCUUGAGUCUCCGCGUGUCCUUCUCGGAUACGAAUUGACAAAUCUAUUCCUCGAUGUAGCAAUUCUAUGUAUACCAGCGGGUGUUGUAUUGCAGUUGCAUCUUCAAACCUCGAAGAAGGUAACAAUUCUCGGUAUCUUCUUGCUGGGGGCGCUUGUUUGUAUCGCAAGCAUUAUCCGAUUAACAGCGAUAUGGAACCCGCCCGAUAUUAUUCAAGGCUUCAACUUCUCAUUUACAUUUAUUUGGUCAACGGUACAGUUAGGCCUAGCAAUUGUCUGCAGCUGCCUACCUACAUUCGGACCUCUUCUCCCGUUACUUUCCAAACCAUUUCCGUCUAUACGGAGUUGGUACGAAUCAUUAAAACAACGGUUUUCGACCUCAAGUGGCUUGAAUAAAACAUCAAAAGCAAGUAGCGCCGAUCGCCCAUGGGCUAGAAUAGGAGGUGGUCAGCAUAACUUGACUUCGAGAACCUGGGCAGAAGGUGAAAAUAAUGAUGGCUCGGAGGUUGCCCUUGAGCCAAUGCCACAAAGAAGGAUCCUGGUAAGCCACGAUAUAGAUAUAUCUUAA